AUGUCGUCGGCAUCAGAUAGUAUGAUGCCAUCAAAUCCUGCUGAAAUAUCGGCCGAACUAUUUCGAUUACAAUCCGAGUUAGAGACCGCUCAGACAAACAAUCAACAAGCGGCUGCAUUAGGUUUAGCCGUGAUGGAGGAACGUAAACAAAUUCAACUACAGUAUCAAGAAUUAGAAUCAGAACAUGAAAUUAUGAAAUCUGAACUAGAAACAUUGAAACUAAAAUUGAAGAAUUUUCAAGUAAACAAACGAGAGGAAACAUUAAAAGGCGUAUCGAACGAAGAGACACUUUUACAUGAAAAACAAAUGCGUGAAGAUCAUCUAUUGAAAGAAAUAUCUAAAAUCGAAAAUGAACUACGUUUAACAAAACAAGAUAAUCAACGUAUUAAUAAUGAAUAUGAAAAACUUUUAUUGAAUAUUCAAGAAUUGAGUGAGAAAAAUCAUCAAUUAGACGAUCAUAAAAUAAAAUUAAAACAUGAAUUAAAAGAUUCCAAGGCACAUGAACAACGUUUGUUAGAUGCUAAUACAGAACUUGAAGACGAUAACAUUGGGUUACAACAGCAAGCGGCUAAAUUAAGAGAAAAUUUAAUUGAUUAUGAUGGAAUGAAACAUGAAAAUAAGAGAUUGCAAGAAGAAGUUGAUGAUUUACAUUCUCAAAUCGAUGAACUAGUUAGUUUAAGACGUAUUGCUGAAAAACAAUUAGAAGAUAUUCAUUCAAGUUUGAGAGAAGAAAGAGAACAAAAACAUUUAUAUAAAAAACAGCUUGAACACAAAAUUCAACAAGAAUCUCGUCGUAAUUUGGAUACUUUAGCUGCUGGUUUAAGAAUGGGUGUUUCUAAUGGUCGAAGUCAAGAUAAUAUUGAUCUAAAUGGUAGCGAUGUCGAUGUGGAUGAUGAAGAUGAUAAUAUUGAUUCAACAACAUCGGAAUAUGUUCGCAUUGAAAAUGAUAUAAUCAACGAAGAACAACCAGUUGGAAAUUUGUUUAAUGAAGUACAUGGCAAUGAAAUUAAAAAAUUAGAAUUAGAAUGUAAUCAAUUAUUAGAAACAAAAACAAGAAUUGAACAAGAAUUAUCCGAUAUCAGUGAUAAAGCAAAGUUAUUAACAAAAAAAAUAUAUUAUUUAUCACAAAAUAUUCAACAACAACAAAAUAUGAAUAAAACAGAUUAUGAACAAGAUGAAAAUGAUGCAAAAUCGAUGUUGAAUAAUGCUAUGGCAUAUUUUGAUAAUAUUGAAAAAGUGUUAAAUAAACAUAAUAGUGAUCAUGAUUCACUAAAAAAGAAAUCAGAUGAACAAGAACAUAAUAUAAGUAAAUUGAAACAAGAUUUGAAUGUUAUGAUGAAACAAUGUAAUGAUAUACAAGCAAUGUUGAAUAAAACACACGAUGAUAUGAUUUGUGUUAGUGAAGAAUUAGACUCGUUAAAUCAACAAUUAUGUACUGCCAAUGCUUUACCAAUCGAAGAUAAUGCUAUUAAACAGCUAAUACGCAGUCAUAAAUCCGACAGUAUCAAUAAUAAUAAGAUAAUUGAUCCGUUUAUAUGUCAAAAAUUAUUGGAAACAAUAAAUGAACAAAUGAAACAGUUAAAACAGACUAUUGAUAAAACGUCAGGUAUGAAACAAAUAGCACAACCAGCAAUAAUAAAUGGUGAUAGUACUCAAACAACAUCAUUAAUACCGACUGCAACAACAACUGUAGUGACCAAUGAAUUACCAAAUGAUACAAGAGAACUACAGGAUCAGAUAAUAAAACUGCGUAGUUUAUUAACUACAAAACGUGAGCAAAUAGCCACUUUACGUACAGUGUUAAAAGCCAAUAAACAAACAGCUGAAGUUGCUCUGGCAAAUUUAAAAUCAAAAUAUGAAAAUGAAAAAUUAAUUGUCACAGAAACAAUGUCAAAAUUAAGAAAUGAAUUAAAAUCUCUAAAAGAAGAUGCUGCCACAUUUGCUUCAUUACGCGCCAUGUUUGCUGCACGUUGUGAUGAAUAUGUAACACAGCUAGAUGAACUACAACGACAAGUUCAUGCAGCUGAGGAAGAAAAAAAAACAUUAAAUUCAUUACUAAGAAUGGCUAUACAACAAAAAUUAGCGUUAACACAAAAAUUAGAAGAUCUAGAAAUGGAUAAUGAACGUGCGCAUAAUUCUGUUAGACGAAGCAAUGGUACACAUAGUCAUCAUCUCAGUCAUUCAUCUUCAACCACAACACCAACGCUACCAUUAUCACCACCAUCUUCCGCAGUAUCAACUCCAAUAUUAGGCAGUUCAUCAAUGAUAAAUACAAAUUCACUGAAUAAUGGAAAUAGUUCAUUAUUAAAUGGUGGAACAACAGAAACAAGAACUGGUAGAGGUGGUGGAAGAUUUAUUCCUCCAAGAGUAAGUUUUUUAAUUUUAUCACCCGCCAAUUUGUUAUAA